GUAGAGUAUCUGAGUAAUCGUUAAAAUUACAUUUUUAUUUCAUCAUCAUCAAAAAUAGAAAAACAAGAAUUUUGUCCAAGAAACCCAGAAAUAUAUGUGUCAUUCUGGAGGAGUCAGGUGUGUGGUUGACUUUCGGGAGCUCUGGUCAGCAGGUGUUGUAACACCAGAGCAGUUUGCCAGUCCAGUCAUCAAGGGUUGUAGACAAUAGAUGGAUCAUUCUUAUUGUAGACAAUGACCAGAAAUGUCAUCCUUUAUGAUUAUGUCAGAGAUAAUGGGCAAGACGAAUCAGAAAAUAUAAUGUUUAAUAAGAUAAAACUUAAAAUUGGAUGUCUGAUUUCCUCACAAAAGUGGGAUUUUAAAUCUGGAUGGAUCGUUUGUGUUCUGCAAUGUAAAAUAAACAAAACCUUUUCCCUUGUAGCUAUAUAGUUUAUAUACAUAAAUAUACAAAACACAAUGUAUAAAUUGUAUUGUUUUUGCCUCAUGGAGCACAUCGUAGUGUGCGCGGUCUGUCUUCAGUGAGAAAGGACAGACAGGGGACAAUGAGGACACAGGACGACCAGUGUCUGUGUCUCAGCUUUUUGAAAGAGGUCUGUCUCCUGAGCUCACCAUUCUCCCAUCAUCCAUUGCGAGUCAGGAAGCGUCCCCUGCUUUUGGCGCGGUCUUGAUAGCGGCGUCGGCCAUCUUGGAAUCACAACCCUGCUUCAUGCAACUGUCCGAGGCGUUGCAUGGUCCUGCGACUCAUUGAAAGACACCGUAUCGUCAUUUCGGGAGAUACGCCGUUUGUUUGUUCUCAUUCAACGAAAACAGCGGAUAAGCUUGUUUUCUAUUUUCGCUUUUAGCGGUGAAGCAAACUCCGGAUCAUCGAAAGAACCAUUAUGGCGACUGCAACUCCAAGUCGUGAAGCUGGCCGGCCGGCGGCCUCUACUCCUCUCUCCCCGACCCGGAUCUCUCGAUUGCAGGAGAAACAGGACCUGCAGCACCUGAACGACAGACUCGCCGUCUACAUCGACCGUGUCCGGUCCUUGGAGCUGGAGAAUGACCGACUGAUCGUCAAAGUGUCCGAGAAAGAGGAGGUGUCUACUCGAGAGGUUACAGGCCUGAAGGCUUUGUAUGAGGCAGAGUUAGCUGAUGCUCGACGUGUUCUCGACGACACUGCUAAAGAGAGAGCCAGGCUCCAAAUAGACCUGGGCAAGGCUCAGGCUGACCUUGAAGAAGCCACGCGCAGUGGCAAGAAGAAGGAUGGUGAUCUUGCUGCAGCAAUGUCCAGGGCCAGUGGUUUGGAAGGCCAGCUUCACAAGAGUGAAGCAGCCCUCUCUACAGCUGUAAGCCAGAAUGCAGCUCUGACUUCUGAGCUGGCUGAUGUCAAGAGCCUGCUGGCUAAGGCAGAGGACAGCCAUGCUGUUGCUAAGCGCCAGCUGGAGGCAGAGACACUGAUGCGUGUAGACUCGGAGAACCGUUGUCAAUCACUGAGUGAGGAGCUGGAGUUCAGGAAGAGCAUGUUUGAAGAGGAGGUGCGUGAAUCACGGCGUCGGCAGGAGCAGAGAAUCGUGGAGGUGGAUUCUGGAGUCAGACAGGACUAUGAGUUCAAACUGGCACAAGCUUUACAGGACCUAAGGAAACAACAUGAUGAACAAGUUUCUCUCUAUAAGGAAGAACUGGAGCAAACAUUCCAGGCCAAGUUGGAUAAUGCCAAAGUGUCCUCAGAGAUGAAUGACAAGGCAGUGAGCACAGCCAGGGAGGAGGUGCAGGAGUCCCGUGUGAGAAUAGAGAGCCUUGGAUAUCAGCUGAACGCCCUGCAGAAACAGGUGGCUGCCUCAGAGGAUCGUAUCAGAGAGCUGGAAGAAAUUCUGUCAACAGAGCGGGACAAGCACCGUUAUGCCAUUGAAACAAAAGAACAGGAGAUGAGUGAACUGAGGGAGAGGAUGAACGCUCAGCUCAGUGAAUAUCAGGAGCUGCUGGAUGUGAAGCUUGCUCUUGAUAUGGAGAUCAAUGCAUACAGGAAACUGCUGGAGGGAGAGGAGCACAGACUGAAGCUGUCCCCCAGCCCAUCAGCUCGAGUCACUGUUUCCAGGUUAACAGGAUCUUCCUCCUCGCGCUCCUCCAAGAGGAAGAGAGGGGAUGCUAAGGAAGUGCCCGAUAUGGCAAGAGGAGAGGAGCAGCUGCUAGUGUCGGAAGAGGCCACAGCUAGUGGAGCGGUCACCAUAUCACCCACAGACAUGGAUGGAAAUGCAGUCACACUGACUAAUGAUACUGAGCAGGACCAGCCUUUGGGCAACUGGAGGUUGAAGAGACAGGUUGAUGAUGGGGAGGAGAUAGUCUACAAGUUCUCCCCAAAGUUUAUCCUAAAGGCUGGGCAGUCAGUCACGGUAUGGUCUGCUGAUGCUGGCGUAGCCCACAGUCCACCAUCUGACUUGCUGUGGAAGAGCCAGGCUUCCUGGGGCACAGGAGAUGACAUAUUGACUUCUUUGAUCAACGGUGAUGGCGAGGAGGUGGCCAGAAGGAGUGUAACCAAGACUCAGCUGGAUGUAGAGAACGGAGAGGAAGAGGAGGAAGAAGCACAGACUGGCAAGGUGUCAUCCAGAGAGUGUGCCAUCAUGUGAAGCCUUUCUGCUCUGCCGAUGGCUUUGACUCCCCACUCUAUCAGAUAUGAUCCUGUCUAUUGCUUCAUCAUUUGGUGUUUUUAUUGUCUAAGACAAUGUUAGAACUGUUUGGACAAAUAGGCUCCCCUUUUACUGCUCUCUAUAUAUUUGGGCCUGCUUUAACAUGAAUAAUUUCCCUAAAUGUUACUUCACAAUGCCAUCAUGUGUGCGUCAAGCAAAGAUGACAGAUCCAUUCUGUCAGGCUGUAGUGUUACAGCCGAAUAUUCACACUCCUGCUAUUAGUUAUCUACAUGCUCUGAUUAUUUUCAUUCAUCAUUGCAAACAUUUCAGUUUGCGUUAUGAUUUAGAUCAACUAAAGAGAACAUUUUGUUGUUAAGAUAAGGACCUCCUAUCUAUAGCCAUAAAGAUAGAAUGAAUGAAUAACUUAAGUGUUAAACAUGUGAUGAGAAUGUCUUCUCCCUCCAAAAUCAAGACAUUUUUUUUUUUACACAAGGUCUUGCGUUGUUUCCGAUCUAUGGCGUGUAUGUGUGGUUACCCAGAUACACUUCUCUCUGCACAUUUUACUUGCAUCUUAUCAUUCCCCCCUCUUUGAAGAUAAAUAGAAAUACAGUUGUAAUUGGGCAUGCAUUCAUUCAUUUAUCAAAGCCUGUUAAAAUUUGGCUUUCAUUUGUAAUUGUGCUAAAAACAUAAUUCCCCCUGAAGAAAACGUAGCGUGUGUUUGACUGCAGUAGAAGACCACUAAGAAUACAUAAUCCAAAUCUUUGUCAUUACAUGACCUGCUCUCAGAAUCCUGAUCACAUUCCUGAAGCAGGUCCCACUCCAGCCAUCUCUGUCUCCUGUUCCUUCACUCUGCUUUACCUCUGGAAAGAAAGCAGUGGAACUUGAUUGUUCAUCUGAUCGGCCUUACUUGGCAGAACUGAAUGAAACUAGAGACAACCAUCUGAAACUUAAUGGAACGGUUUGGAGUCAUGUGAUAUCUAAGAUUUGAACUGUUGCUUUUAGCUGGAAGGGCCCCCUACUGCACGGCCUAUUCUUCUUCAACAGAAACACUACAUUUAUUUCGACUCAGCACCUUUGAAGUGUGACAGCAAUUAUACACUGAUUAGCCAUUACAACCCUUUAUUGGUAUAAAAGGCUGAUCAGUGUAUAUAUGUGGCCUGUUUGAAAGGCAUUCUGAACCAUCAGUAACAAACUCAGUUUGUAUUUGAACUUUUUUCCCUUGGUUGCAUGGUUUACACUGAUCACCUUCAUCAUGAAAACAAGUUUUAAUGUUUAAAUGUUGUGGCCGAUCUCUGCUGCCUUUCUGUGGUCUGGUCUUUGUCCUGGCAGUAACCUCACUGACGCCAGCCCAGUGAGCCCAGUUGCAAGCUUGAAGAUCUGUUGUGCUACCUGGGAGCCCUUUUGUUUUCCUCCUGCUUGCCUGGUGACAUUAGGGGCGUAUCCAAUAAUUCAUGCUAAUAUUUUGGGAUGAAAACCUCAAACGCGCAGAAUCUGAAGACUUGCAACAAAGAACAUAAAGAAAUCCAGGGAAGCGAAACUGAACAUACUUUGGUGAUCAGGACAUGUAACUUAGCAAUGCAGAGCGUAGUGUCUCAACCAGAGACCUGUGCUGUAUGAUAAGUGGGCAUGUUUGCGGCCAUUGAAUUUGUCACUCGUGUUCAGGUGUUUCUCGGACAUGCCAGUUCUGUUGAUACUAUGUUACGACAGAAUGGCUGACUUGGUCCUCCUUGAAACAAACAAGGCUGCUCUCAAAACAGAGGGUCUGUAAAGUGGCAGGUGUUACAAUGGAUGUGGGUUUGGUGCUUGACCCCCUGUUGUAAUGCUGAAAUGAUAACAGCCGUGUGACUGGCUUUGUCCACCGCAAAUGUUUAACUGACAACAUUGCCUCCAUUUUUUUUAAUAUGCAUGAGGUGAGCAGUGAAAGCAACACUAGUAUGAUACAGUGUGACACAGUGAUAUUACCUCUGUGUACUCAUGAGUUAUUUUGAAUUGCAUAACAUUGUACGAGUGUUGCUCUUACACCCUUGUGUGCCAUCUUGGGAAACUCAGUUUUUUUAUUUUGUGUGUUUGUAUGCUGUGCUUUACAAUGCUAGUUAUUUUUCUAUAGCUUUUUUGACUAUGUAAUCAGUUUAUUUACAUAAAAUGUUUCAUUUA